AUGAACAAGUUGCGUGCGUUAUAUCUAAGCGUCAAUAGCUGGUCGAAGCUUUCGAAGCUCCCGGCUCCAUUCGCGUCUGGGAUCGCUGCCCUGCUCGCCGCCCCCCGCUUUCGUCACUUAUCUCUGAAUGGUUGGUCCUUGGAGCAAGACAUUUCUGACCUCAAAUCAACACUCUCGCCCUGCUUGGCCACCCUUGCAACCCUUUCCCUCGAGAAAAUCUCUGAAUCCAAAUGUAUUCAAGGAAGCUCCGAAUCAAAAGAAGCGUCUGUUCUGCGCCUAGAAGGUCUCCGCACAUUAGAGCUUUACGACGUAAAGCACCCUUUACUUGAAAAGGGUCUCGUCCAAUGCCCGAACCUCGAAUGCUUACUUCUCAAGCUAUACCAACCGAAGGCUUUGCAGCUGCCACCAUGUAUUCCUGCUAAGUUAGCCAAGCUAGUGGUGCACGGUCGCGUUAUUGACCCCCCGCCAGUGUUUGGGAAGAUUAUCUGCCCAUCAGAGUUAUCAGUAGAAAUAAAAGGACCAUCGUACGGGAGAUGCGUAUCUUGGUUCCAGGGUUGUGUCAAUUCGCUCCCAUUCCCGAGGGAGCUUCGUCGAAUCACGCUCAAGUGUGACAUGGACUUCAGCCGUGAACGUUCCAUCGAUUAUCCCGCCGCAGAAAACUAUGCCGCGCUGUUCACCUUCCUAGAAGAACUUGACAACUUCGGGAAACUACAACACGUGGACAUGAAUAUCCUGAUCACUGCCCCAGCGGAUGUAACACCUGGUGAUGGCGAAGAAACGACAGAGGUAGAGAAAAUAAGGGACAUGUUUGCCCCGUUAUUGGAAUCGGGCGCGUUGGAGGUCGAGCUCGUUAUACAGCGUUGGGUCUUCGAGUAUGGGCGACAUGAAGUGGUUUUGCGAAUCACAGCGUAA